ACCUAUCUUUAUGUUUUUGACAUGCUAACUUAUCUUUAUGUUUUUGACAUGCUAACCUAUCUUUAUUUUUUUGACAUGCCAAGCUAUCUUUAUGUUUUUGACAUGCUAACCUAUCUUUAUGUUUUUCCCAUGCUAACCUAUCUUUAUGUUUCUGACAUGCUAACUUGUCUUUAUGUUUUUGACAUGCUAACCUAUCUUUAUGUUUUUCCCAUGCUAACCUAUCUUUAUGUUUUUCCCAUGCUAACCUAU